AUGAAGCUGGGACCAGAGUUCAUAUCGCAACGCCCAGGGCCUGGCGGUGGCCCGAAACUCACGUACGCAGAGGGGUGGAAGAUAAUUAAUCUCGCGAAUGAAGUCUUUGGAUUCAAUGGGUGGAGUUCGAACGUGGUCAGUUUGACUACAGACUUCAUUGAUUUCAGUGAGGAGUCGAGACGAUAUACCGUCGGGGUCACCGCGAUAGUGAGGGUAACGUUGAGGGACGGUGCGUUCCAUGAGGACAUUGGUUAUGGCAUGCUCGAAAACUCUAAGUCGAAAGGUGCUGCGCUCGAUAAGUGUAAGAAGGAAGCUGUGACCGACGCGAUCAAGCGUGCUCUCCGCAACUUUGGCAACCUGCUUGGCAAUUGCUUGUACGACAAAUCAUACGCUCAAGAGGUUGUUAAGAUAAAAGUGCCACCAGUGCGUUGA